ACAUUUGAAAAUCAAGAUGGUGUUUAACUUCAGGGUAUACAAAAAACAAUCACCAAAUGGCAAAAUUACUAUGUAUUUAGGAAAAAGAGAUUUUGUAGAUCAUAUUUCAGGAAUUGAACCAAUAGAUGGGGUAUUUGUUAUGGAUGGGGACUACCAGGACAGAAAAAUCUUUGGUCAAGUAGUUUGUAGCUUUCGAUAUGGCAGAGAGGAGGAUGAAGUGAUGGGUUUGAAUUUUCAGAAAGAUUUAUACCUUGCUUCCCAGCAAGUUUUUCCUCCACCGGAAAAACAAGAAACAUCAAAACUUCAAGAAAGAUUGGUGAAAAAAUUGGGUGAUAACUGUUAUCCUUUCACCUUUACUAUUCCUCCAAAUGCACCUGCAUCAGUUACAUUACAACCUGCAUCUGAUGAAGAGGGGCAACCCUGUGGUGUUCACUACUAUGUAAAAUUGUUUUGUGGAGAUAGCGAUACUGAUCGAGGACAUAAGAGAAGUGCGGUUAGUAUGAAUAUUCGAAAAGUUCAGUAUGCUCCAAGUAAACAGGGCAAGCAGCCUUGUACCGUUGUUCGCAAGGAUUUUAUGUUGAGUCCUGGAGAAUUGGAAUUGGAAGUAACCUUGGACAAACAGUUAUACCACCAUGGAGAAAAAGUUGCAGUUAACGUUAGCAUUCGCAAUAAUAGCAACAAAAUUGUUAAGAAAAUUAAAGCAAUGGUUCAACAAGGAGUUGAUGUUGUAUUGUUCCAAAAUGGACAAUAUAGAACUUCUGUGGCAAGCAUGGAAACACAAGAAGGGUGUCCAAUAAACCCAGGAUCAAGUCUUCAAAAAAUAAUGUACCUAUUACCAUUGCUUUCGUCUAACAAAGACAGAAGAGGUAUAGCCCUAGAUGGACAAUUAAAAAAACAGGACACUAAUCUGGCUUCAACAACCUUAUUAGCAUCUCCAGAUCAACGUGACGCCUUUGGAAUUAUUGUUUCUUAUGCUGUCAAAGUUAAAUUAUACUUGGGAGCUUUGGGUGGCGAACUGGCUGCUGAGUUGCCUUUUGUUUUGAUGCACCCCAAGCCCAAUGCUAGAGGUAAAUUAGUACAGGCUGACAGUCAAGCCGAUGUUGAAAUGUUUAGACAAGAUACUAUAAUGGAACCAGAAGCUGAUGGAGAUAGAUUUGAUUAAUUAAAUGUUUAUAAAAUAUUGUUUAAAUAAAUUAUAAAAUGCAAUACGAAAAAAAUAUGGCUUAAAAGUAAUAUAAAAUAAACACUAAAUAUUC